GUUUGAGCCAAAAAAGAGUUGAAAAAUGGCGACCAACGGCAUGAGAAGGGCCCUUAAGCUGUCUUCAUCGACAGGGAGAACACUCUUCGGUCGUUCUUCAGCUGCGUCUUCUUGUCCGAAUGUCGGAAAAUCAGCUGGAUUCGCUUUCGCGAAUGGGUCAACAUCAUCUCGCUCCUCACUUCGUAGGCUCACAUCCUCCAGGAUCCCUGUGGAGCUGAGUGCAGCAGGGAUGUCGCUUAUACCAUUACAUAGUGUUACUGCUUCAGCUUUACUCACUUCCUUGCUCUCUCUUAGCAAUCAAAGCUGGGGUUGCUUAUCUGAAGGAUUUGGAACGACACUAUAACAUGGGGCCUCCAAGUUUUGACUCCAGGUUUACAUGUCAGAUUCCAAGAAACUUGUUUCAUCAUCGGCGGUCUGCAGUUUUUUCCUCUUCCUCCAAAGGUUUUAAGAUAACAUUUCUUCAAAGGGCUCCUUUGUUCUGUUUACUUAUACAGUUGUCAUCUUCAGUGUGAUGAUUUCAUUACUUUAACAAUUCUGUCAGCAAAUAAAACUACUCAUUUUUGCUAGAGUUUUACUCAAAAAAAUAUACUUCUAUUGAAACACUUCGACUUCUUG